CUCAUCCAUCGUCUCUCUCUCUGCAAAUGACCCAAAAACAACAUUGACGAAAGAAAAACAGGCCGCUCUCAUCUUCGUUUGAAUCUGCCGCAGCUUCUACGAUCAAAAUCUUUACUUUAAUUCUCUGUAAAUUUUUCUGUUGCUGCAAUUUCCUGCCAUUUCUGCACCUAGAUCUGUACAAAUUUCUCUGUUUUUUUUUUUUUGUUUGUUUGUUAUUUUUGUUCCAUUUUCGUCGUCAGUUUUGCCUUUUAACCGCCUUGAGAAUACGAGAACUGGUGGAUUUUUGGUCGUGUAAAUUGUAGGAAUCAUUUAUGAACUUGAGCGAAACCCUUUUGUGGUCUAUUGUUUUUCAUUUUGGAUCUUUUUGGUAGUUUUCGGUAGAUUUCUUCUUUGUUUUUGUCGUCAUUCAAUCAUUCGAUCGGAAACCCUAGCUCCCGCUUUUUUUUUUAACGUGGUUAGGGUCUGUGAGAGUAGUGAUGAACAAUAGAGGAAGGUAUCCUCCUGGGAUCGGUGCUGGACGAGGCGGAGGCGUGAAUGCGAAUCCUUCGUUUCAGUCAAGACCACAUCAGCAGCAAUAUGUACAAAGAAAUUUGGUACCGAAUCAGCAGUAUCAACAACAGCAGCACCAGAACCAGAACCAGAACCAGAACCAACACCAGCACCAACAUCAACACCAAAACCAGCAGCUUCAACAACAACAGUGGCUGAAAAGGAACCAGUUAGGUGGCGGUCCUGCCGAUUCUAACGUUGACGAGGUGGAGAAGACCGUGCAGACGGAGGCUGUUGACUCGAGUUCACAAGAUUGGAAGGCUAGGUUAAAGAUUCCACCGCCUGAUACACGAUAUAAAACAGAGGAUGUGACGGCUACCAAAGGAAAUGAAUUUGAGGACUAUUUUCUAAAACGUGAAUUACUCAUGGGAAUCUAUGAGAAAGGCUUUGAAAGACCAUCUCCUAUUCAAGAAGAAAGUAUUCCGAUCGCUUUAACUGGUAGUGAUAUUCUUGCUAGAGCGAAGAACGGAACUGGAAAGACAGCUGCAUUUUGCAUUCCCGCCUUAGAAAAGAUUGAUCAGGAUAACAAUGUAAUCCAAGUUGUUAUCCUCGUUCCAACUCGAGAGUUGGCUCUUCAAACUUCACAAGUGUGCAAGGAACUCGGAAAGAAUUUGAAUAUUCAAGUUAUGGUUACAACAGGUGGUACCAGUUUAAAGGAUGAUAUCAUGCGACUAUAUCAACCAGUUCAUUUAUUAGUUGGAACUCCAGGAAGAAUAUUAGAUCUUGCAAAAAAGGGUGUUUGUGUACUGAAAGAUUGUUCUAUGCUUAUCAUGGAUGAGGCAGACAAGCUCUUGUCUCCAGAGUUCCAACCCUCAAUAGAGCAGCUGAUACGCUUUUUGCCUGCAAAUCGGCAGGUUCUUAUGUAUUCCGCUACCUUUCCCGUUACUGUGAAGGACUUCAAAGAUAGAUAUCUUCACAGGCCCUAUAUUAUAAACUUAAUGGACGAGCUCACUCUAAAGGGUAUCACCCAAUUCUAUGCAUUUGUUGAAGAAAGACAAAAAGUGCACUGCCUUAAUACUCUUUUCUCUAAGCUGCAAAUUAACCAGUCAAUUAUCUUCUGCAAUUCGGUAAAUCGAGUUGAGUUGUUAGCCAAAAAAAUUACUGAACUUGGUUAUUCUUGUUUCUAUAUUCAUGCAAAGAUGCUGCAAGAUCAUCGUAACAGAGUAUUUCAUGACUUCCGAAAUGGUGCAUGCAGAAAUCUCGUUUGUACUGAUUUAUUUACAAGAGGAAUAGACAUUCAAGCAGUAAACGUCGUUAUUAACUUCGAUUUCCCCAAGAAUUCAGAGACGUAUCUACACAGGGUUGGACGAUCUGGAAGGUUUGGACACCUUGGGUUAGCUGUGAAUUUAAUCACCUAUGAGGAUCGUUUCAAUUUGUACAGGAUUGAACAAGAACUUGGAACGGAAAUAAAACAAAUACCACCCCAUAUUGACCAGGCAAUCUACUGCCGGUAAUUUGUGGUGGGCAUUGGAUCCCAGGGUAAACAAUUGGCAGCAGGUCAAUGAAGAAGCUCUUUGGAGAGGCUUGUUUUCUGAGUCAAUAUCAACCGAAGAAGACUCAACUUGGCUUGGAAUUCUUUUAGUUAGAACCCUACCUAUAAUAUAUAUAUAAUAGCCCUGAAGACAUUCUUAUUAACAGGAGAUUAGGAUAGAAUGUAGAGUGGCUCAUCUAUAAAAAUCCCAGAACUUUUAUCAA